UACGACCUGGCCAUGAGUGACCCAGCAGACUCGGACCAGCUCCACAACGCUGUCUGCCUGCAAGGAGCCACCAUUGUAAGACACAAGGAGCUACUUCAGAACCUUAUGGAAGGACUCCAUACCUUGGCGGAACGCCAUGACCAGGGAGAGAGGCGGCUCGGAAGCUACUUCAACUACGUCAAGACUUCCGUAGUGUGGCAGACUACGCGGUAGACUUUCGCAUGUUGGCCACCGAGAGUGACUGGAACCUGGAGUCCCUGGUUGAGUCAUGGAUUAUCGGAGGAAAUUAAAUACGAGCUCGCAGCUCGGGAGUUACCCAUGGAUCUCGACUCCCUCAUAGCCUUGACCAUGAGGAUCAAUGGGUGCCUGCGGGAACGCAUGAGGAAUAGGAGGUCUGUUUUGGCCACACUCGCUCGUCCACGGUUUCUCCCUCGCCUCCGAAGAACCCCAGAAGUCCCCAAUGCCUGCAUUCCCGUGAGAAUCCAAAGUCACCCGAGUUCCCUCGGGCAUCAUCGGGGACUAGCGACUCUUCUCCUCCAGAGCCCAUGCAGCUGGGCAGGGCUAGAUUGUCUCCUAAUGAACGUUUGUGCAGGCUGAGCUCCAACAGUUGCCUGUAUUGUGGUACUACAGGACAUUAUAUAUCCACCUGUCCAGUAAAAGACCAGGCUCAUCUGUAGGUACGAGUACUCCAAACCCCCAUUACUCAUACUCCUCUCCAUGCUAUCCUGAUGUGGGAUGACCGGUCUAAAUCUCUCCGGGUGCUCAUUGACUCUGGGGCUGAUGAGAGCUUCAUGGACGCUAACCUGGUAUCUGAGCUGGGUAUCUCCACACACCUCCUCUCUAUUCCCAUGGACACCAGAGCAUUGGACGGACACUCCAUUGGCAGGGUCACUCACAGUACGUCCCUACGAUUGCGCUAUUGAUCUCCUCCCAGGCACCACACCGCGUUGGGGGCGGCUUUAUUCCCUGUCUGGCCCAGAGACCAAGGCCAUGGAGGAGUACAUUAAGGACUCUCUGGCUGCAGGGAGCAUUCAUCCUUCUGCCUCCCCUGCCGGCGCAGGGUUCUUCUUUGUGGAAAAAAAGGACAAAACCCUGCUCCCGUGUAUCGACUACCGGGGCCUCAAUGACAUCACAGUAACUUUUCGAAGUUGGACCUUUGGAACGGCUACCACCUAGUUCGGAUACGGGAAGGAGACGAGUAGAAGACAGACUUCAACACGGCUAGCGGACACUACGUGUACCUGGUUAUGCCGUUCGGACUGACCAAUGCUCCCACAGUGUUCUAGGCACUGUUUAACGAUGUGCUCCGUGACAUGUUAAACUGGUUUGUGUUCGUCUACCUCGACAACAUCCUUAUCUUUUCCCGUUCGGCACAAGAGCAUGUCCUCCACGUCCGUCAAGUCCUCCAGCGCCUCCUGGAGAACCAGCUGUUUGUCAAAGCGGAGAAAUGUGAAUUCCAUCACUCCACUAUCUCCUUUUUGGGAUACGUCAUCGCUGCAGGGAACAUUCAGAUGGAUCCUGACAAGGUGGGAGUGGUGGUGGAUUGGCCCCAACCCACAUCCAGAGUGCAGCUGCAACGUAUCCUGGGAUUUGCACAUUUCUACCACCGCUUCAUUUGGGGCUUCAGCACCCUGGCUUCCACCCUCUCUGCACUCAUCUCUCCCAAGGUUCCGUUCAUGUGGUCCCCAGCGGCUGACCGGGCGUUUUUGGAUCUUAAGAAUCGUUUCACCACUGCCCCCAUCCUAAUCCAUCCGGACCCAUCCCGUCAGUUCGUGGUGGAGUCGAUGCCUCGGACGUUGGAGUGGGGGCUGUUCUGUCCCAACGUUCUGCCCAGGACCAAAAGUUGCAUCCCUGCGCUUUCCUGUCCCAUUGCCUUAAUCCCGCUGAUAGGAACUAUGACGUUGGUAAUCAGGAACUUCUUGCGGUCAAGAUGGCCCUGGAGGAGUGGAGGCACUGGCUUGAAGGGACAGAACACCCAUUCUUAGUGUGGAAUGACCAUAAGAAUCUAGAAUAUCUUCGCACCGCCAAACGCCUCAACCCAAGGCAGGCUCGUUGGGCUCUGUUAUUCACUCUGUUCCAUUUUACCAUAUCCUACCACCCUGGGUCCAAGAAUCUUAAGCCUGAUGCCCUCUCUCGCCUGUAUAGUUCUACGGCUACACCCUCUGACCCAGAGACCAUCCUCCCUACCUCCUGUCUUGCAGCUACACUUGUCUGGGGUAUCGAGAGCCUGGUCUGCAAGGCGCACCCCAGGGGGGGCCGCCAAACCGGAUGUUCGUCCCUGAUUCGGCCCGGUCCCCGGUCCUGGAAUGGGCUCAUUCCGCUAAACUUACCUGUCAUCCCAAACCCUGGAUUUCAUCCGACAAUCUUUUUGGUGGCCCACCAUGGUUCCUGACGCCUCCGCAUUCGUCGCUGCCUGCACUGUGUGCGCACAGAACAAGACUCAGCGGCAAGCUCCGGCUGGCCUUCUUCAACCACUCCCUGUUCCUCACCGCCCCUGGUCCCAUAUAUCCCUGGACUUUGUCACUGGUCUCCCCCCGUCAUAUGGCAACACCACCAUCCUUACGGUUGUGGAUAGGUUUUCCAAAGCUGCACAUUUCAUUCCCCUUCCCAAGUUGCCCUCAGCCAAGGAGACGCCCCAGCUUAUAGUGCAGCACGUCUUCCGGAUCCAUGGACUUCUGGUUGACACGCUCUCCGAUCGUGGUCCUCAGUUCUCGUCCAGGUUCUGGAAGGCAUUCUGCACCCUGAUUGGGUCAUCGGCCAGCUUGUCCUCCGGGUUUCAUCCCCAAUAUAACGGCCAGUCGGAGCGUGCCAAUCAGGACCUGGAGACGACUCUUCGUUGCCUCGUCUCUGCCAACCCCCACCACCCACUGCUGUUUGUCUUCUGUUGCCCCGCACCCUCUGUAUGCAUCCCACUUUCCAUGUGUCUAAGAUUAAACCUCUGUCUCACAGCCCUUUGUCUCCUGUUUCCGUCCCUUUUUUACUUUGCCUUGGAUUACGAACCUCUGCCUGCCCUCGACCUGGCCUUUUUUUGCCUGCCCCUUUGUUAAUAAAUAUUCGGAGAACCGAACCAUCCGCCUCCUGUGUCUGCAUCUGGGUCUCAUCCUGUGUCAUUAUAGUAUAUAAUGUAACUCAGCAUUGUAACCCAGAGUAAUUUGGUCAAAUGUUAAUGUCCUUAUUACUAUUGUGUUGCAAUGCUACUUCUUGGAGGUUUUGAAUAAUAAUUAGCUGGCUAUCUUUAACAGGAACUAUGGGAAAGAAGAGUGGUCCAGAGUCAGAGACAGAUAUGACAUUUAACGUCCAAAUUACCCAUAAUGACACAGGCUCCUGCUAACCAUCACUGGCUGCUUUUACACAGGCAGCGCAAUAAUUUGUUUCAUUAAUUGGUCUUUUGACUAAUCAGAUCAGUUCUGAAAAAUAUCUGAGGUGAAAAUAUCUGAUGUGAUUGGUCAAAGACCAAUUAGUGGGAAAAAGAUCAGAAUUGGGCUGCCUGUCAGUAAAACCAGCCUCUAAAGACCAGAACCUAAAUUCUCAUUAAGAUCAACACCAAGCAGAAAGCAUAUCCAUGGCAUAGUACUGGUCUGGAAAUACAAUAGUGAUCUACAACUGAGGCCAAAUGUGUCUUAUGUUAAAAAACAAUUUAACCCCAAAACUAUCUUUUGGUAUUUGUUUCAUUAGUCCCAAAAUGUUUGCAUGACAGCAAUCAAGUUUCCAAGAUAUAUAACUUUCUAAAUACAGAAAUACAACCAGUAUGAUGCAUUUUUCAUCAUAUAAUGCAAUGCAUUAUACCGUCUAUAUUUCUGUAUUUUGAAAGUUAUGUAUCUUGAAAACAUUUUGGGACUAUAUCAACAAUGGACUAAUGAAACAAAUACCAAAAGAUAGUUUUGGGGUGGAGUGUUCCUUUAACCAUGGAUGUUUCAAUGAUGCCUAAUUGUUUUCUCUGCUGAUUAGGUUUGUUACAUCAACCAACAAGAACAUUCUUAAGGUUACAAUGUUGUUACUGCUCAAAUCCCAGCUGUAACUAUAUUAUAAUCAACAACCCUACAAUGUACAUAUUUGGUAUAUUGCUGAUACUAAAAUAACUGAUAAGCAACGGAAGACCAUGGUUAUAUACUGUUGGGCUGUGUCCCAAAUGUCACCCUAUUAAUUUAAUAGUGCACUACUUUUGACCAGGGCCGAUAGGGUUCUGUUCAAAAGUAGUGCACUAUAUAGGGAAUAUGGUGUCAUUUGGGAUACACUAUGAAGCCCUGUUAUACCUGGUUCUAACAUGCAUCCUUUGUCCUGAUUUUGUCCACAUUCUGAUUAUGCCCACAUUUUUAGACAAGUGUAGACGUUUAAAAGACGCAUUGUGAUCUGAUUGUGAUUAGAUCUUAUGUGUAAAAAGACAAGAUCAGGACGAAGGACACAUGUUAACGGCAGGUAUAAACAGGGCUUGAAGAGGAACUGACAGCAUUUUAGCAACAUUAAAUCUAAAUAAAAUGUGUUCAUAUACACCUCAGGAACUCCAGGAAGAAUAUUACACUUUUUAAAACAUUUUCUGACAAGCGAGCACUUAGUUAUGGUCAUUUUCAUAAAUUCUUAGAACGUUUGGGAAUUACAUAUACCAAGGCAUUUGUGAAAAUUCUAUAGCAAUAUAGAGUGGGAAAGCGGCCAUGCGUUUGGACAAUUAAUAGACACUGCAGUAAAUAAAACCUAAUAAAAACAUCUUUCUAUCAGCACCGGAGUCUACACAGAACAGGUGCACCAUAGCCAACCAGAGCUACAGUAGGCCUUUAUUCAAACAAGCCAUUUGCCACACAGGCCUACUAUCAUUAACUUUGAACUAUACUGUGUGUUUACAGGCAGUUGCAACAGCACAACUUUAGAUCAUUAAAACGCAUUCGCCAAAAGCCACAAAAUACACUAAAAUAAUGCUAGCCAGAGCAAGAUGAGCUCAAAUCUAAUGAAGGAACAUUACAUAAACCCUCUUAAACCCUUUCAGCUAGUUGGCCGUCAAAAUUGCACUGAUAAAUGAUGGGGAAUUGCAGACUACUCAUCCUUCUGCAGCUUGCCUGCAACCAAGCACCCAAGCUAAGUGGCUAAAGUUGGCUAGCUUGCUAGCUAGCUAGCUACUUCCAGACACAAAUGACAGAACACCUCACUCUAACCAUUUUACUCGCCCUAUUAGAGCUGGUUAGUUAGGCUGUUUACAUGUUAUCUAGAGCGUUCGUGACUAACUAUUACUUUUUUUGCCUACGUUUACUGACACCGGUCAUAUUCAGCCGGUGUUGCGCGUUCGUAAAUUCAUCAGUUAUUCUACGCUCUGGCACACUCAGACAAUAGUGCUCCGAAAUCAUAGUAGAUAGCCAGAGUGAAUUUGCAAACGCAAGAGAUAUACUAACUGGAUAAUAGUCGUUCAAGAUCUUGCUAGCUAACCAAAUGACACCUGCAUCGCUAGCUGUGUAUUGCCAACGAAAAACAAUAUGAGGGGAAAAAGUAAAUCACUCACCUGAGAGAUGACGUCGCAGCUAUUGACUCACCCACUCCUCCAAUGACAUAACAUGACAUCCUCCAAUGUACCAGGCCAGCUGUGAUUUAAAAUCUGAUAGCAAUAUUUUUUGGACAACUAAGAAAUGUAUUGGUGAAUUAUAUUAAUCAUGCAUUGAACUGCAUCCAUCUAUUCUGCCAACAAUGCCUUAGUGUACGUCAUGGAAUGUUGAGUCAAAUAGAACCUAUUUUGAAAACCUCUUAUGAAGUUGGUUUUGUAGCAUAAACUGGGAAUUGUAUAUUUUUGACUGAUACUAUGAUUCUGUUUGUUUCAUAUCUGCAAAGUAGUUAAAACGCUGUCAGUUCCACUUUAAGUGUCAUAAUAUGAGCCCCAUCUGUCUGAAAAGGAUUGGUCAUAAGGUGCUGGGAAUUGGCUGGUAGCGGUAUAUUCAUGUGGGUAGCAUGUCCUCACUUGUAUAGUAAUUUUCUCUGAGAGGUGCCUCUGGGUCUAUUUGUCAUCAUGUUUAUCUUUUCACACCGUUCUCAAAGCCAUUACUGAUGCCUAUGUCUAAGCAGGAAACAGGUGUUCCAGUAUGUGAUAAAACUGCAUAUAGUCUGCUUCUGUUUGUACUCCCUGUAUGCAUGUCUGCUUUUCUGUUGUAACAAUGUGUGCUUAUGACUGGUAUUACUGUUUGUGUUCUGUAUAGGCACUAUUUAGACUUGAGAUACGUUUACAUUUUUUUUAACUUAAGCCCAUGUUUUAUUGUUAAGUCUACUUAUCUGAAAUCUGACUGAAAUCUGAAUCGGGCCCUAUGUGUAUCGAUUUGAAUAGUAUGAGUGUUUAUGUGAUUUAUGAGUACGUGUAUUAGUGUGUAACUGAGAUUGAGUGUGUGGCUGAGGUAUUGUAAGCCCCUCCAGUCCCGCGUGGCUCUUAUUUCCCUGUCCUGUCAUGGCCGUUCCUCUGUGUGAGAGGUGUAAAGAGGCACUGAGUUCCAAGACACAGACUAGCUUUGCUCUUCCAUUCAAAACAACACAUUAACGCAUCACCAUGUGCCUGCCAGAGUGGUUCCAUGGGAACAAUCUGAUCUGCAUUCAUUGUGCCCGUUUAAAAUCCAGUGGGAGCCAUUCCCUCAGCAAUCAUCUCUGAUUGAUUCUCACUCAGUAAUACCAAAUGUCUGUUAAGCCUGGUUUAUACCUGACCCUAAUCGUCCUGAUCUUGUCCUGACUUGAUCACAAUCAGAUCACAAUGCGUCUUUCAAUCACCUAACCCUGUCUAGAAAUGAGGGCACAAUCAGAAUGUGGACAAGAUCAGGACAAAGGUUUGCGUGUUAGAAUCAGGUAUAAACGUUGGCUAUAGAAACCACAAGCAGACAGCAAUCUGCCUUGUGUGACCUGAUACGGGGGACACAGGGCUACUAAUAUCAUACAGGUUAUUGCAGUUGGGACUUGUACUACACGUUCAAUUUAGGAGUAAUAUGAAACAGGAACAUACUGUAAAGGGGCCAGCUGUUAUCGAGUUGUUUGCUUCUUGGAAGAUAUAUGAUACAGGCAGCGCGUAACGUAACAGAGCCUAAAUGUAUCAUCCAACCAUAAAUAGCCAGAUAGAUUACCUCAGUCUGCAUUAAUCUGCCUUUUCAACAGAGAAACAGGGGAGGAAAAGGAUUGAGAGGAGGGGGCGGUGAGAAGGACGUGUGGGCAGGUGGAGAGGUACCUUCAAGGUGAAGUGUUGAGAUAAGAACCUGGAAUGACACUGGCCAGGGAGGAGAGGAGUGAGGGAUGAUGUCAGAGAGAGAGAGAGAGAGAGAGAGAAAGAGAGGGGGGGUUCUAGGCUUGGAGGCCGAGUGGAUGCCACAGCAGUUAGAUCAGCAGGCUGUCAAUAGUGUAGAACCCUAUCCCCUGUACUGUAGUCUUACACCACACAGUGAUGGACACAUCACCCACACAGAAUGUAAAUAAAGUGACAGUUAUAAAUGUAUGUGGGUGUAACUGACGGUGUCUACCUAUAGUGGCAAAUAUUUAACACGAUACAAAUUGUAAAGAAAAAACUGUGAAAAGUCUGGGCAUUUAAUUAAAACAUUCUAGAAAUCAUAAAUCAACUCGGGAAGUUUGGCGCCAUAGCCUACUAUCAUUUGCACAUGGCUUAAGAAGCCUAUAGCUUGGGUCUCCAAAUUGUAUCUCUGCAAGUUACACUACAUGGCCAAAAGUAUGUGACGAUGCCAAGUUGAAAGUCACUGAGCUCUUCAGUACGGGCCAUUCUACUGCCAAUGUUUGUCUAUGGAGAUUGCAUGGCUGUGUGGUCGAUUAUAUACACCUGUCAGCAAACGGGUGUGGCUGACAUAACCGAAUCCACUAAUUUGAAGGGGUGUAUUAAACUGUCAAGAGGAGUAAAACAAGGUUGUCCACUAUCGGCAUAUUUAUUUAUUAUGGCCAUCGAAAUGUUAGCUAUUAAAAUCAGAUCCAACAAUAAUGUCAAGGGGCUAGAAAUCCAGGGUUUAAAAACAAAGGUGUCAUUAUAUGCUGAUGAUUCAUGUUUUCUUUUAAAUCCACAAUUUGGAUCCCUCUAAAGCCUCAUAGAGGGACUAGAGCAUUUUUCUAACCUCUCUGGAUUACAACCAAAUUAUGACAAAUGUACUUACUGUAUUACAUAUUGGAUCACUAAAAUAUACAACUUUUACAUUACCGUGGAGUUUACCAAUAAAAUGGUCUGACGGUGAAGUGGACAUACUCGGUAUUCAUAUCCCGAAAGAAAGAUAUGAUCUCACUACAAUACAUUUUAAUAGAAAGUUAGAAAAUAUAGAUAAGAUCUUGCUACCAUGGAAAGGUAAAUACCUGUCUAUAUGUGUAAAAUUCACCCUGGUUAACUCUUUAGUCAUAUCCCAGUUCACCUAUUUGCUUAUGGCCUUGCCUACACCUAGCGACAUGUUUUUUUAAUUAUAUGAGCAAAAAAUAUUCCAUUUUAGUUGGAAUGGUAAGCCAGACAAAAUUAAACGGGCCUAUUUAUUUAAUGAAUAUGAAUUCGGAGGGCAGAAUUUAUUAAAUAUUAAAGCAUUAGACCUCUCACUAAAGGCUUCAGUCAUACAAAAGGUAUACUUAAAUCUGAACUGGUUCUCUAGCAGAUUAGUAAGACUGUCUCACCCCAUGUUCAAGAAUGGCCUUUUUUCCCUUUACUCAGAUUACAGCCUCUCACUUUCGGUUAUUUGAAAAUGAAAUAAUCUAAAAAAUAUCGCUAUUUUUACAAGAAGUCAUAGAAAGUUGGUUGCAAUUUCAGUUUAAUCCACCAGAAAAGACAGAACAAAUAUUACAAAAUAAAUAUUUUUUAUGGUAUAAUCUUUGUAAAUUAUUUCAUAAAUAGGACUGGUGGAGUUAUGUCACACAUGCAGCUAAAAAAAAUAUAUGGAAAUGUCUGCUCUACUCAAAAUUAUAACCAACUAAUUGCAGCAUUACCGCAAAAAUGGAAGAGGCCAGUGGAAGGGGGAGAAAGUAAGGAACUUGUCGGUCGGCCCUAAAUUAAAUACCAAAAUUGGUUAAAGAAAAUGUUGAAUAAAUAAAAAAGUAUACCAGUUUAAUUUAAGGACCAAAAAAUUUACAGUUGUGCCAUAUAGAUUGCAAAAUAGUUGGGAAGAGCUUUUCGAUAUACCGAUUCCAUGGCACAUGGUUUAUGAACUGAUACGCAAACCAACACCGGAUUCAAAACGAGAGUUUUUCAAUUUAAAUUAUUAUUUAAAAAAAUUGCAACCAAUAGAAUGUUAUAUAUAUGUGGAAUACAACCAUCCCAACUCUGCAGAUUUUGCUUAGAAGAGAUAGAAUCAUUGGAUCAUUUGUUUUGGUACUGUCCAUAUGUAGCUUGUUUUUGGUCGCAGGAUCAGGAAUGGCUGAAGAAUUGUCUGGAGCUAACUCUUCAAAUAGCACUGCUGGGUGAUUUGAAAAGUCAUAGUCAAUCGAUCAACUCUUUGCAAAAAUGUUUAUCUUUAAUUUACAAUCUUUAGAAACUAUGAGAAUAGAAAGGUUCAGAACUUGUGUGAAACAUCACAGCACAGUUGAAAAAUAUAUGGCAAAUAAAAACUGGAUGGUGUUCAGACAUAGAUAGGAGGGGUUGAGUGGAGCUGAAGGGUGGGAUUAAAAAUAACAAGAUAACUAAUGUAAAAUAUACUGUGUCCGUAAAAUGUAUAUACUGUAGGUUCAGAACUUUUUCGAAACAGCACAGUUGAAAAAUAUAUGGCAAAUAGAAAUAAAAACAGGAUGGUCUUCAGAGAUAGAUGGGAGGGGUUGAGGGUAGCUGAAGGAUGGGAGUAAAAUCAAACAAAAGAUAAAUAACGUAAAAUAUACUGUGUCCGUAAAAUGUAUAUAGUAUGUAUGAGCUGGAAGUAGAAGCCUAAGUGUUGUUGUCCAUUAGUUUACUGCAAUUAGGGUAGGUGUGGUAGGUUUAGGGGAAAAUAAUAAAGGAAAAUAUAAAUAAAAUAUAUAUAUAUUCAAAAAAUAUAUAUGGGGGAUUGGAAAUGAUGCAGACAGUUACAUUGAUGGAAGCAACAAUCUAUCUGCAAUAUUUAAGCUGAUCUACCAACAAAAAAAUAAAAGAUACAGUGGGGGAAAAAAGUAUUUAGUCAGCCACCAAUUGUGCAAGUUCUCCCACUUAAAAAGAUGAGAGAGGCCUGUAAUUUUCAUCAUAGGUACACGUCAACUAAUUUUUUUUCCAGAAAAUCACAUUGUAGGAUUUUUAAUGAAUUUAUUUGCAAAUUAUGGUGGAAAAUAAGUAUUUGGUCAAUAACAAAAGUUUCUCAAUACUUUGUUAUAUACCCUUUGUUGGCAAUGACACAGAUCAAAUGUUUUCUGUAAGUCUUCACAAGGUUUUCACACACUGUUGCUGGUAUUUUGGCCCAUUCCUCCAUGCAGAUAUCCUCUAGAGCAGUGAUGUUUUGGGGCUGUCGCUGGGCAACACGGACUUUCAACUCCCUCCAAAGAUUUUCUAUGGGGUUGAGAUCUGGAGACUGGCUAGGCCACUCCAGGACCUUGAAAUGCUUCUUACAAAGCCACUCCUUCGUUGCCCAGCCACGUUUCAUCUUCAAUGCCCUUGCUGAUGGAAGGAGGUUUUCACUCAAAAUCGCCCCAAUCAUUCAUUCCUUUACACGGAUCAGUCGUCCUGGUUCAAUUUGUCUGUCAUAGUUGACGUGUACCUAUGAUGAAGAUUACAGGCCUCUCUCAUCUUUUUAAGUGGGAGAACUUGCACAAUUGGUGGCUGACUAAAUACUUUUUUCCCCCACUGUAGAUACACACCUUAAGAAAUCUAGCAGUUAUUCAUUUGUCUUUCUUUCAAGCUAUGGUCAACCUAACAGAAUAUAAAAAGUAGUAGGAAAGACGGUCUGUCAGUGGCUGAGCUAUAGUGAGCUUUUUAGGCCUUUAUGAAUGGUUUCCAUGCGUUUGCCUUGUGCACAGCGCUCAGUCAAGAGGCCAGUGCUGCAUUCCAUCUCUUUGAUUCAUAACCUAAUGAAACUCUACAGUAUGAGAGAGUCGAGUGGGGUCAGAGAUGCUUGAACUGAUGAUGUGAAUUACGAUCGCAGCAAGGUCAUGGUCGGGCCAAAAUGCUAAGCAGCCUGCUCUCUGGCUGAUGUUUGAUCUGUAUUUAUUAUUUCAUGGCAGGAAGGAAGGCUGCUUUAUAUCGUGGCUUGACUGACCAUGGAAUCUCUCUCUCUCUAUAUAUAUAUAUAUUGCAGGCCUGAGACCAAGUAGUGGUCACCCCAAGUCAGAGGAAGGCCCUAAAAAUUGUCAAAGACUCCAGCCACCCUAGUCAUAGACUGUUCUCUCUGCUACCGCACGGCAAGCAGUACCGGAGCGCCAAAUGUAGGUCCAAAAGGCUUCUUAACAGCUUCUACCCCCAAGCCAUAAGACUACUGAACAGCUAAAAUAGCCCUUCAUACCUGCAGGCCAAAGCAGGUCACUACUUUCAAAAUAUCCCUACUGAUGCAGUAUUAUUCAGUCAUAGAGUAAAUUAUCUUAUCCUUACCUUUACAUUUUGGGGGCAAUAUUUCAAUAUACAGUGGGGUCUGAAAUUAUUGACACCUUUGAGAAAGAUGAGCAAAAAUUACUGUAUAAAAUACAUUAUUGAAAUACUGAGCUAUAUUGUAUGCAAGAAAAUUUGGAAAUGAUAUUAUUUUAUACUAAUGCAAUUGCUCAGAGAAAGAGCUUUUGUUCAACAAGUAAUGUAUUUUGGUCAAAAUUAUUUACUCCCCUGUUUUCAAUACCUCACCUUGCGAGGAUAACGGCACUGAGCCCUUUCUAAAAUGUUUUAUGAGUUGGAGAACACAUUGGGAGGGAUCUUAGACCAUUCCUCCAUACAGAAUCCUUCCAGAUCCUUUAUAUCCUUCAUCUGUGGUUACAAGUCCGGAGACUUGUUGAUUGUCCAGAGACUUGUUGAAAUGUUGAUUUUAUGGCCAAUUAUCAAUUUCUUUGUGGGUUUUUAUGUGUGCUUGGGAUUAUUGUCUUGCUGUAAGAACCACUUGCGACCAAGGUUCAGCCUCCUAGCAGAGGCAACCAGGUUUUUUCCUAAAAUGUCCUGGUACCGGGUAAAGUUCAUGAUGCCGUUGACCUUAACAAGGGCCCUAGGACCAGUGGAAACAAAAUAGCCCCAUUACAUCAAAGCUCCACCACUAUAUGUUAUAGUAGGGAUGGGGUUAUUUUCUGUUCAUGCAUUCUCAUUUCAACGCCAAACCCACCACUGGUGUGCGUGGCCAAAGAGCUCUAUUUACAUGUCAUCUGAACAAAGCACCGGUUCUAAUCCAAUUUAGCAAACUCCAGGCGUUCACAUUUGUUGGAUGACAUGAAAAUAGAGCACAUUUAUUUUAUUCAGUAAUUUUUGCUCAUCUUUAUCAAGGGUGUCAAUAAAUUAGGAUCCCACUUUAGCUGCUAUAUCUCUAAAACAAUCCUCAUCUUUCAUCUUUUCCAUUCUUUCCUGUCUCUUUCCUGUGUUGUUUCGUCUCUUCUUUGUGGGCAAAUCUGUUCCUUCUGACCUUUUCCUUGCACUACCUCUGGCUUUGCCAUCACUGACUACCACCCUCAGCGAGUGCCCUCCUCCGCAUGACCUAAUGGGAAAUGGCCAUCAGAUGGUGGUCACCCUCUCCCCCUCCCCUGUCUGCUAACUUCGGCCUAGACCAACCCCUGGCUCCCAGUGCUCAGUAUAACUUUCCCAUUAACCUGUACUCUGCGGCAAACGUCUCAGCCGCUCAGCAGCUGGCUCAGAUCGCCUCACUAGAGGAACUGGUCCCUGUAAGGUAAUCAUAGGAGUGUGUGUGUUUGCUAUCACUUAGUUACAAAUGGAACCACCUCUGCUCACAUUUCAAGCAAAUAACAUUACAGUGAAUGCCAGAGGAUAUCCAGAAAAAGGUACCAUAUGGUAAAAGUCCUGUCUCCUCUCCCUCCCUAGUGUUAAAACACUGUCCUCCAUCGAGGAGUCUCAUGUGUACCGGAUGCUCCAGGAUGACCAAGAGAGGCCACAUGAACCACGUCAGUCAGGCUCCUUUAAGGCUCUGCAGGAACACGUGGAGACUGGUGGUGAGCAAAAUCCAAGCAUACAGUAUACACUGAGUGUACAAAACAUUAAGAACACCUGCUCUUUACAUGACAGACCAGGUGUAUCCAGGUGAAAGCUAUGAUCCCUUAUUGAUGUCACUUGUUAAAUCCACCUCAAUCAGUGUAGAUGAAGGGGAGGAGACAGGUUAAGGAAGGUUUUUUAAGCCUUGAGACAAUUGAGACAUGGAUUGUGUAUGUGUGCCAUUCGGAGGGUGAAUGAGCAAGCCAACAAAUGUAAGUGCCUUUGAACAGGGUAUGGUAGUAUGUGCCAGGCACACCGGUUUGUGUCAAUAACUGCAGUGCUGCUGGGUUUUUCCCAUGUGUAUCGAUAAUGGUUCAACACCCAAAGGACAUCCAGCCAACUUGACAACUGUGGGAAGAAUUGGAGUCAACAUGGGCCAGUAUCCCUGUGGAACGCUUUCGACACCUUAUAGAGUCCAUGCCCCGACGAAUUGAGGGGGACUUAAUGACAAUGUACACGUUUAAGUAAUUAUUUAUUUAUGAAAGAAUGAGCAGGGUUGGGUAGUAACAGAUUAUACGUAACAGGGAUGGAGCCUUUCACACAGCAGUAAACCAAUGUUUUGUGCAUUAAUAUGAGUAAAGCCGCUGAUUACUAGGAGUGUAAGAGCUCCAGUGACAAAGCUUCCUCUUCUGGCGGGAUCGCUACAGACACGACCCCUCUGUGACAUGAGUGGAAACGGCAUAGUAUGAGUACCCACUACCCAGCCUGACUGAUAGAAAAUAAGGUACUGGAGUGCCAUGGGGCUGCCCUCUCCCAAUGACCCGUCUGAUCCUAACCUCUUCAUGAACCAAUAAUGACUAAACCAUAAAGAAUGUAUUCAUAAACCACUAAGUACCUCCACUAAAUUAUACACAUGUGAACAGGGAGGUAAUGCGAAACCAUGGAAGGUACGUUUUUGCGGUGAGGAAACACAAGAUGACAGAUCUGUCCUCUCCUCUUUUGGUUUUGGGGGAUGAAAGUAAGAUGUACAUGAAAGGGUUGAGUAAGAGGAUAUACCUGCCUCUUAGAUACUUUUGAUGUGGUGGAGCACAUCUGCUGUUGCAUAAGACCAAGGUCUAAGUGGGGUAUGGUUAGAUCUACAACCUCAUAUAUCCUCCUCCCUAGGCUAAUUGUGUAAGACACAUAAUAACAAUAAUUCAGAGCAUUGGGAGGAAGUGUCUGGUAAACGAGAUUAGGCAAAGUAAGACAGUCUUCUCUCUCUUCUCCCCUGCAGAGGCACAGUGGUAAGUUUUGCCACCCCCGAUGCUUUGUGUGCUCCGACUGCAACGUGCACCUGAAGCAGAGGGGCUACUUCUUUGUGGAGGGGCAGCUGUACUGCGGGACCCACGCCUGCGCCCGUACGAUACCUCCGUAG